AUGCUUCCCUUGGGCCUUCUUACGGCCGCGACCGGCCACCCAAUGCUCGUUGAGCUCAAGAGCGGCGAGACACUCAAUGGGCUCCUGGUCAACUGCGACACCUGGAUGAACCUUACCCUUCGCGAGGUUGUACAAACAAGCGCAGAUGGCGACAAGUUCAUGAGGCUACCAGAGAUCUAUGUCCGCGGCAGCACAAUCAAAUACCUACGAGUACCCGACGAGAUUGUCGAUAUUGUAAAAGAACAACAGGCCAAGGACCAAGCGAACCGGGGCGGACGAGGAGGUGGCAUGCACGGGCGAGGAGACCACCGCGGCGAUCGUGGCGGGGGAGGUAGGGGGACGAGGGGCAGAGGACGCGGUCGUGGCAGAGGCGGUGGUGGCGGUGGUGGUGGUGGGGGUGCUUGA